ACCCUUCUUUAUGGACGCCGUUCCCCUUUACUGGCGCUCAGCGGCUGCUGAGGGAUUUCGGUGUCGCUGGUAUCGGCGCUACGGAAGGACGAGCAUCCCCAGGGUACCGCAACCCGCCGGGAGAACACCCACGGCUGCCGCCCUGCGUCCCGGUGACAGUCUCAGCUGGGCUCGGUGAGCGGCUCUCCCGCCCCCGUGGCUCGACCUUACACCGCUGAGUACUGCCCUGCCCAGUCCGAUCCGGCCGCGCUCCGCCGGCACUGACGCUACAGCAGCGGCGCUGCAGCCCCGGCAACCAGCCCCGCACAGCCCAACUCCCUGCGGGGCGGAAGAGAGGAGAAGGGCACCCUCCAUGCCACUUUUCUCCCUAUAAGAAGAAAAAGAUGGACUUUAGAAGGUCAUAAAACUUUUCAAGUUCGUGAGCAAGUGAGAUGUCGAUGCCAGCAGCUUCCCUGGAAAACGGUUAAUAAUGGCUUCCCCACCGCCACCCCCGUCCCGUCCCGACAGUGGUACCGCCCCAACGCAAGGUGGAAGGUUGCAAGUCUCGCGCGAGGUCACAAUGGAUAUUAAAAGGGGUAGCCUGGAUAAAAUUUCAAAGCCUGCAUCUAGCUCAAGAGCUCAUCCUCAUUGUAGACCUUUAAAUACAGCUAUGGAGUUACUAACACCAGAGCCACAUGUGCCAAAGGUUGAUUCACCUAUCAAUUUGGCUGAUAGUCAUCAAAGAGGCAGUCCAGAAGAAAACAAAGGUGAUGACAGAGAGAAAUCUGAUUUCAAGGAAAUAAGAACAGAUGAGCAAACCACAGUGGAGAGUACAACUUUUCUUCAGAAGUGUAUACUGAAUUCCAGUGAGUUGUCAAGAUGUCUGUCUAAUUCGGAUUCUGAGGGUGUUGGCACUGAAACACUGACUUUGAAGUUCUUUGAACCUUGCCAAGGAAAACUAAGAAAUGCUUCCAGCUUGGAAUAUUCUGGAGAAGCAGAUGUAGAUCCUCAGAUUCAAGCAGCUAUAAGGAAAAUGAAUAAACUUGACACAGUACUGGCAAAAAAAUGUUUUAAGGAAAGAACAAUUAAAAAACAAGGCACAGAAAUGAGGGCAAAGCUUUGGGAAGAACUUCAGUCAGUCAGAGCCACUGGAAGCCACGAGGAAAUAGAAAACACAAAACGUUUUUUAGCUUUGAUCUCAUCAUUCCAGGAUACAGCUGAUUCCUUCCAUGCUAAAGAAGAUGAAGCAGGUACUUCAGUAUUUCCCACACAAAUUAAUCCAGAAGAUUAUGAUUGCCAUAAAACCCUACAUAUUCAGGAUUAUCCAAGUGAAUUAGAAACAAAUGAAUUCCCUAAUCAAGCUGAAAAAAUGCAUAGCAAAACUAAAACCAGUCAGGAUUUCAUCAAAAAGAACAUUGAGCUAGCAAAGGAUUCAGGAAACCAGGCUGUUAUGGUUGAGAGAGAAAAGAAAAGGCUAACUGAGCUAUUGAAUGGUACAGAAGAUGGAACUGACUUGCAAGGUCUUGAGGAGGAUGUAUCUGGCUGGCUAGCACCAGGAGAAGGCUACACACCUGAACCUAUGGAAUUUCAUCACCUAAACGAGAUAGACAUUAAGCUUAAAGUACUGGUGUCUGAUGGGGAUGUUUCUUCAAUAUCCAAAUCCUGCUCAAAACCUCCUGGCCAGAUUUAUCAGGAGUCUCUGGUUUAUGCAAACAGAAGCCUAGAAGCAGUUCCAGGUGAAAAGGUUCUGCGAGACAAUAAGGAACAACGUGAGCAACAAAAUCGUCUGAAAGAAUUAGAUCAUCAGCUGAAAUCCCUAGAGAUAAAUCUUACUGAAGAAAAAAUGAGCCUCUCUGAAGAGCAGCUUAAGACCCUAUUGGAAGAAUGUGUGCAGGCUCCGAGAACAAUGAGCAACGUUUCCAUGCCAGAGGCUCAGGAAUCUCUUUCUUGUGGAUUAAGUCCCUCUUGUUACACAAGUCAAGACUCCACUCUUCACUCCACAUCUACUCUUUCCAAAAUGUUAGUUGAAGACCAUAUUGUAGGCAUGUUAAUGGCUCAGGAAAAGGCUGGAGUUGAAGACAAAAGCUCAUGUGUUAAGGCAGAGAGUGAAAUCCCUGGCUACUAUAUCAGCGAAGCAUUGGCUGAUAGUCGCUUAUCAAAGGAUUCACUGGCCCAAACAGGGGAACCUGGUGACCUAGAAGGUUUACAGAAGAUGGGAGAUAAGAGUAUUACUGAAGGUUACUUUAUGUCAAGAGCACUCCACAGCAAGAGGUUGAAGAAACCUUCUUUCUUGGGUGACCCAUUAUAUUGCAUCAGCAUGAACAAUGAGCCAUGCACAGAGGCUGACAUUCUCAGCAUACCACUGCAAACCAAAGGAGAUGCUGUGAAGACUGAAAGUUGAGGGGAGGCUGACUUUACACUUCUUUACACAACGGGUUUUCUAAAAGUG